AUGUCUACCGACACUUGCAAGUCUGGGACAGACUUGGAAGCUACGCGAGAACAGCCAGUUGCUGAUAAGCCAGAAGUCGUGGAUCCUUAUUUGGUUGAAUGGGAUGGACCUAACGAUCCUGAACUACCGAUGAACUAUCCAUUCUGGAAGAAAACACUGAUCACCUGCAUUUUCAGUACAUUGACCACCUGGGUCACCUUUUCUAGCAGUGUAUUCAGUACUGCUUCUGGAGUCACCUCGCAAGAGUUUCAUGUUUCAGUUGAAGUUACAACUCUGGGAACAAGCCUCACUGUUCUGAGCCGAAAUGCUGACACUGACGCGAAGGGGUUUGCGAUAGGACCACAGAUUUGGGGGCCCUUGUCUGAGCUAUAUGGCCGAUUGCGACCUCUCUAUAUCGGAUAUGCAAUAUUCAUCAUCUUCCAAAUCCCCGUCGCUGUUGCUGAGAACCUCGAGACCUUGAUGCUUGCCCGUUUCCUUUUGGGAUUUUUCGGCACAUCCGCCCUUGCGAUUAUACCAGGUGCUUUGGCAGACUUUUGGGGUCCUGUGGAACGCGCGAUUGCAAUCUCUUUGUUUUCUGCAGCUACCUUCGUGGGACCGAUAUUCGGACCGAUCGUUGGUGGCUUCAUUGUCGAAUCACAUCUGGGUUGGCGAUGGACUGCCUGGAUCACCAUGAUACCGGCGUCAUUUUUCGGCAUAAUUGCCUUUCUAGUUUUACCCGAGACAUACCAUCCUGUUAUCCUCCAGCGUCGCGCCAGCCAUCUCCACGAAAAGACGCCGACAUUCAGCGAGAUAUUGACCAAAUACAUUUUCCGACCGAUGCAAAUGCUUUUCCUCGAGCCGAUUCUUGUCUGCAUGACCAUUUAUAUCUCGCUUAUUUACGGAAUCCUAUACCUAUUCUUCGUCGCAUAUCCUAUCGCUUUUCGACAGGUCCGGGGUUGGAAUAACGAGGGGAUUGCAUCAUUGCCUUUCCUGGGGAUAUUAGUUGGGGUUCUUCUGGGCUGCCUUGUCGUCACUGUCGCAACACGCCUGUGGUACGCCCCAAAAGUACGCAAUGGCUCUGUUGUGCCAGAAGAUCGUCUUCCUCCCAUGAUCGUGGCCGCCUUUCUUCUACCGAUCGGGUUAUUUUGGUUUGGAUGGACAUCCAACCCAAGUAUCUCAUGGGUGCCACAAGCGAUCGCUGGUGCACCGAUCGGAAUGGGAAUUUUGAUGAUCUGGAUGCAAGGCCUCAAUUAUUUGAUCGACGUGUAUUUGAUUGUUGCCAAUUCAGCUAUAUCAGCGAAUACUCUCAUUAGAAGCGCGGUUGGCGCUGCGUUCCCUCUGUUUGGGACUUACAUGUAUAAUAGGUUGGGAGUCGACUGGGCUACGUCACUCCUCGGAUUUCUUUCUAUUGCAAUGAUUCCGAUACCAGUUGUAUUUUAUUUCUAUGGCGCAAAAAUUCGGCGGUUGAGUCGCUUCACCCCAAAGAUAUAG